AUGGGCUUAUGCAGCGACAGGGACAUUGUAGUUCUUUGGGGAGGCCAUAUUCUUGAUAGAGCCCAAGAAGAUAGAUCAGACUUUGAUGGACCUUGGAUUGGAAAGCCCCUUAAAUUUGAUAACUCAUACUUUAAGGAGCUGCUGAAAGUGCAUAAGGAUGAGUUCAUGAAGCUGGAUCCAUGGGCGUUGCGAGGGUUCCAAGGAAAAAGGUUGGCGAACUUGUUGAACGAAGAGCCGGAGGGGUUGUUACUGCUUCCUUCAGAUCGAUUAUUGAUGACUAAUGCUUGGUUUCGCUUGUAUGUUAUUACAUAUGCCAAGAAUCCAAAUUCAUUCCUGGAGCAGUAUGCAAUAUCACAUAAGAAACUCUCCGAGUUAGGAUUCAUAAAAAGGCCACCUUUUCCUCUUUACUACGUCUACAUGAAUAAGAAGAAUAAUAAGAGUAACAUGUUGCCACAAACCAUUGCGGGUUUGGCCCUUGCUGCUUCGGUCAUGAUAAUCUGGUAUCGCAUAAGGCGUAGGUAA